GUGAUCAACAUUCAAUGAUUAAUCAUCAUAAUAAUAAUAAUAAAAAUGUUCAAAAUUAUAAACAUAGUGAUUCAUAUGGUGAAGAUUAUGAUGAUGAUGAUGAUGAUGAUGAUGAUGAUGAUGACGAUUAUGAUGAUGACAUAUCAGAAUCACGACAAUUAACAAGACCAAAUAAUUAUGCACGUAUCGUGAAAUGUUCAUCAAUUAAUAAAAGGCAACGAUUCUUAACCAAUAAUAAUAAUAAUCAACAAAUGUCAUCAUCAACAGGAAAAAUGAUGAUUACAUCAAUGGACCAUGGUGUUACAUCUAAAAUGUUAUUGCCAAAAAUUAUGAUGAAUCCUAAUAAUAAUAUAAUGGCCACAGAUAUUACCGUACAUGCAAUCCAUAAUAAUAAUAAUAAUAGUGAUGAUAGUGAACAAAUGGAUUCAUCAGCACCAUCAAGUUCAACAUCAACAUGGACAUCAUCAAUGUCCGGUUCAUCAUCAUCAACAACCGGAUCAUCAUCAUCAUCAUCAGCAAGUGUUGUUGUUGGUGAUAAUAGUGUCUAUAUAAUGGCUGAUACAAUAUCAACAACUAGUUCAUCAUCAUCAUCAUCAUCAUCUUCAUUGGUAACAACACAAUCGACCUCAUCAUCGAUGAUAAAUUCAAAUAGUUUGGAUGGACAACAACUACAACAACAACAACAACAACAACAGAAUAGUCGUCAAUCUGGACAGCCAUUAUUAGCACAUAAUCAUCAUAAUUAUCAAUAUCUACAUCCAUAUAGACAUUAUCGUAAUGGUCAUGAAUCGAUACGUAUAGGUUCAUCAUGUAUUUCGGUACAUAGUGCUGUAUCGCAAGCAUCAAAUGAUUCAUCAUUAUUGGAUUAUCCAGCUAAUACACCUAUUUGUAAAUUCUGUCAUCAACGUGGUAAAGCUAAUAAUCCAUUAAUAUCACCAUGUCAUUGUCGUGGUACUAUACGUUAUAUGCAUGCAAGAUGUUUAAUGAAAUGGCUUGACAAAUUAAAACGGCGUAAUUCACGAUCUCAACCGUUAAGCUGCGAAAUAUGUAACUAUGAAUAUCGUUGGCGUAAACAAUUCAAGUCUCCAAUUGAUUGGACAUUACCACCAUGUAUGGGCAAUGAUCGUCAUUGGCAUACAAUAUUUGUGAUAUGCGCCAUAUUGAUGGUGAUCUCAACAAUUAAUCUUGUUAUAUUUGGUGAUGAUGAACAUACACAUCAUCAUUAUCAUCAUCAUAGUCAUCAUAGUUCACGUUAUCAUUUUAAUAAAUCAUCAUCAUUAUUUGGCAAUCAUAAUAACAAUGUGGCUGAUGAUUUUUCUACAGCAACAACUUUGUUGCCUUUUUCAUCAAGCCAUAAUAAUGAUAAUGAUAAUGAUAAUAUAUCGAUCUAUGGAAAGGAACAAAUAGGCAUUGAUAAUAAUAUUCAUAAUAUGGAUCAUUCUUGGCUAUCAUCAUUAACAGAUCCACAACAUGAUGAUCAAUUUACACAAUCCAAUUCAAUGUGGUUAUUACCAUCAUCAUCAUCAUCUACAUUGAAUACAUCUUCAUUAUUGACAAAAUUAUUGUUUCGUAAUAAUUCAACAUCUGAUUGGAUAUUUACAUCAUCAUCAAUGGCCGAUAAUAAUCAAACCAUUGACAAACAACAACGAAAACAUCAUCAACAUCAACAGCAACAAUUAAAUUCUAAUAAUAAUAAUAAAGGUGCUAGUUCCUUGAAGAAUUCAAUUAAUACAAAAAAUCCAAAUAACAAAAAACGUUUACAUUUACUCACCGAAAAAGAUUUUUUGUCCACUGUCUUUCAACAUCAUCAAUCAUCAUCGAAUACAAGCAAUUCACAAUUUAAUAAUAGUAAUGAUAAUGAUAGUAGUAUAAAUCAUCGGAAACAAAAUCAUGCCAUCAUAACUAAUCGUGUUACCGGUACGAUGGUAAUAAAUACUGAUAAACAGAAUGGUUUCAAUCCAUUUCAUAUAACAUCCGAUCCAUGGCGUCGACGUAAAACAUAUCCAACUAAACCACAUGAAGUGAUAUUGGUCAUUAGUGGUUGUCUAUUUUUUAUAUCAUUCUUUUUGGGCACAUUUGCACAGAUAAAAUCCGAAAUUAGUUUAUAUAAUAUGAUUAUGCGUUUCAUACAUUGGAAUCAACAAUGGAUUAUUGAAGAAUAUGAUCCAAGUAAUGAUGAUUCCAAUGGAAUAGGAACAACAUCAGUAGCAGCAUCAACAGCAGCAGGCACCGUUAAUGAUUUAACAUCUACAACCAUCACAAACAUUACCACCAAUAAUAAUGAUAAUGAUAGUAAAAUAGAAAUGACAAAUUGUCUAGCUCAAACUCAUCAUCAUUCAUCACAAUCACCAUCAUCAUCAUCAUCAUCAUCAUCUUCAAAUGGCAUCAAUAAUAGUAGUCAUCAACAACAGCCGCCAUUAAGAUCAUCACCAUCACCAUCAACAUCAUCGACGACAACAACAACAACAACAACAACAAUUAUGAAGAUGAAUCAAUCACCGGUACAUACAUUAUUGAUGAUCGAAACACAAAUUAAUAAUGGUAACAAUAAUGAUGGACAAAUUAUUUCAGCUAUAAAUGAACGCACAAACAGUAUUGAUAAAUCGGUCAUCGUUAAUAUGUGAUUUGUAUUUUUUGACAUUUUAAUUCAAACGAAUAAAAUAUAUCAUAUAUGAUCA